AUGUAUGGUUAUAGAAUGAAUGCAGAUGCCAGAAAUAUUGUUGAUCGUAUACAAAAAAAAUAUAAAUGUUGUGGUAUGACUAUGUGGCUCGAUUGGGCUUACGAUGAAACGAAGCCUAUUACAGUUACGAUAUCAGGAACAACUAGACGUUCCGUUCGCACAGCAAUUACACCAUCGGAAGAAGAUAUGACAAGUUUAUUCAAAGAUGACUUAUCAGCAUUAUCAUCAAGAGCACAUUAUAUUGACCGUAAACAAACGUGA